AUGAACAUCACCCGGAACAUACAAAAGACGCAGAUAGAAGAAGUCGAUAAACAAAUAGAUGAAGUGAAGGCAUAUUGGGAAACGAGGGAACUUCCAGAAACACCUACAAAAAUUGUGGAGGCUUUCAAGAAGGCACUGCUUAGUAUCGAUGUGCUGAAAAAUAAGAAUGCUUUAUUGUUCAUUUCGGACGUCAUGGACAUCUCCGUUGAAGAAAUCUCGAUUUUAAAGCCCAUUUUUUAUGGGAUAAGAGAUAGGGAUGAACCGUAUAAAAUUGUAUGGAUCCCAAUAGUGGAGCAUUGGACCGAUGACAUGCAAGCGAAGUUCGAGAUGUUGCAGUCCAACAUGCCGUGGUACAUAUUGCAGGGUUUUCCACCAACAGUAGCAGACAUCCAGAUCAUUACGAAUGAAUAUCGCAGCUUAAAGAAUAAGCCUAUCGUCGUGGUAAUAAACCCACAAGCGAAGGUGGAGCAUCCAAAUGCUCUCCGCAUGAUUCGGCCAUGCGGAAUGAAGGCCUUCCCUUUCACGGCCGAAGCUGAAAAAGCGAUAAUGCCUAAAGGAAUUCAUUAUAAAUCUAAGGGGGUCCACAUCCCAGACAGUGGCCCGAGGCAGGAUAACAAGAAUUACACUUUCAAGUGCUAUAUAUGGAAUUGCCAACACCAGCUUGGAGGCAAGAUUUACUCAUCAUUUAAAUAUAAUUCGUGGGUAUCUGGCUUCAAAUACUCCGGACAUUCGGAUGUCCAGAAUCUAGCAAGUAACAGUGGAUGGCUUGAGCUCUGCAAAGGUACUCAUGGCGAGGUAGUAGUCAAGGAUCAGGGGACAACAAUUUUGAAGGUCUUGGAGAAGUUUGAUGAUUGGAAAAAUUCUGUGAAUCAGUUUGGCUUCGAUGAAUGUUUCGAGGAUUACUACAUGAGGCGCCUACCAGGAAAUUGA